AUGAAAAAUUCACAACGAUUUUUAAACCUUCUUUUAUUGUUCACUCUUUUCUUUAUUGGAUUUAUCAUCAUAUCUAAGGCAUCUAUCAACACAGUCUCUUUCGGAUCCUUCGCAUGUGAUGAUUCAACCUCAACCACUCGAUGCACGUCUGCCUCAUUAGAAAUUGUCAAUAAUGCUUCCUCCAAUUCAUUUGAUUCUCUUUCCUAUUCAUCUUAUGAUAAUAAUGGAGAGAAGAUUGAUUUGGGAACCACUCUUAAAUUUGACACAAAAAUCAUCUCAUCUAGGGCAAGAGUUUUCUUUGCCAAAGACAAUCAAAUCAUUUACAACAAGUAUGAAUUGUUUGAGCCAAGUAUUUCAUGUGCAGUGAAUCCGAUGAAUAAGUGUUUUGAAGCUAAACGAGUAUUGUGCUGUUUGAAUGGCAAGAGGGGAACAGGAGUAUUUUGUCUGAAGGAAGAAGAGCCCUCUUCAUACACUGGAUUAAGGAGAGCCUACCAGGUCUAUAGAAUGGUUGGAAAGAAGUACAUUUACAAAGUCACUAUGAAGAUUUCUCAAAAUGGUCGUAGUAGGGAUUUCACUUUUAGUGAAGAUAACACCAUUGUUUCAACCUCAAAUGUUCAGGCAUCGAUUUUUUAUCAACAUCAAACUGAACAACAAACUAUCUUUUCAAAUUUACAAACAAUUUCAGAUAAUUAUGUGCUUAUGAGAAUGAUGCAUCUUGGAACUGCUUCAGGUUAUAAUCAAAUUCAACCAAGUGAAGUGUUGCUAGUAGAGAAAUUGUCAAACUUUUUAACAAAUCAGUAUUCCUAUUAUGUUAAGGCAACAUGUAAUACUGAAUUUGGUCAAGCAACUCAAACCCAUACUAAUUCAGAAAACAAAGAUGAUCAAUUCUAUAAUUCGGAAAAUCUGUACGGUAUUAAGAAUGUUCUGAAUCAAAAAUUUGAGAUUCCUAAGGUAGAUACUACAAGUUUUGGAAAUACAGUUGGAGAUGAGUCUGGAGUAGAUUAUUUUGAGUUUGACAUUAAUACGCCAUCUAUUUCAUUGAAUUUAUUAAUUAAUAAUAUAUACGAUAUAUAA